AACUCGACCAAUUUCUUUAUGACGCCCUAAAAAAUAAUUUAGUAAAAUAUAUUAACCCCUCUACACUUUUAUGGAGUGAUCCAGAGUCAAUCGCUUCAAGUUGUAAGAAGUUUGUAGAUGAUUUUAAUAAGCCAGAAGAUAUACAAGUUCUCAGAAAUGUUGUUCACAACAAAUCUUGGAAGAAGAAUGAAUCAGAUUUUAAAAAGAGAACAGAAUGA